AUGGAAAGUUUUGGAAUCACGAAGUUUGUAAAAUCUAGUGUUCCAACGAAUCUUCCUGAUGCUAGAAAUGUAAAGUCUGCUGCAACAGUUUUACAACCUGUCGUAGCAGAAGCAGUUUUUGCUGCCGCAAAAUCUUCAAGUUUUACAAAAAGAGUAAGAUCUCAGAUCACCAUGGUUAGAACAAAGAACCUAGGGCAUCCCAAAAAGGUGGUAGAAACCGAUGCAACCCCCUCGAAUGCUCCUCCUGCUGCUUCAACCUUGCCCCCUACUGCUGCAAAAACAGGAGAUUCAUUGCUUCCUCAGCGUGAAUCUCAGCCAGGAUCUCCUCCACCUGCUGCUGUUUCUCCUCCUGCUGCAACAGUGAAGGAAGUUGCUGCUUCAACCCCAACUGGUCCUUCCACUCGCACUCGUGCCCAGCAAGCUUCUGUCGAGAAGGAACUUAGAUCAUCCCGAAGCCAUGACAAGCCAGUUCCUCCUGCAAAGAAACUUAAGCCGCCUGCUGCCAUUGCCCAGAGAGUGGACGACGACGACGGUGAUUUGCUGCCCUCUUCGCUGACGACGACAUCAAGCAAGAUCUUCACACCAACGUCAGAAUCACACAGCUCCUCCCUCCCCAAAGACAACACAGCUCCUCCCUCUUCAACGAAGACACAUCUUCUUCCUCGCAAACGGCAACAAGCAACUCAGAUGGCUUCAACUGGACACAAACCUAGAUCUCUUGAUGAGGAAGAAGAUCCUGGGAUUGAGCAUAUAAACAAUGAAGAAACAGGUGCACAAGAUGCGAAUGAAAGUACAGCACCAACAUCUACCACUUUGCCUACUACGGAUGAUGGGACUGAGGAAACUGGAUUGAAGAGGAAGUCAAACCUUUCAUCAUGGGUUUGGGAACACUUUACUAAGGUUUGUGAUACUAAAAAGAAUGAAAAAGCUAAAUGCAAUUAUUGUGGUGCUCAAUAUGCUUGUGGUAGUAAGAAAAAUGGGACUAGUAAUUUGGGUCAUCAUAUUAGAUUUCAAUGUAAGAAGUAUGAGGGGACUUUGGCAGUUGACAAGAAGCCAAAAAACACUAUGUUUUGA